AGUGCUCCGUUCGACAGUGCUUCAGCAUAAUGCAUUUCGCCUGGUUGCCGAUGUGCCUAACCCUGUGGCUCCUGCAGUCGCAAAUCUCGGCUGGCGCCAAGCCAGUAAACCCACAGUGCCAUAGUGAAUGUGUGGAGCUUCUGACGCCCCUGACGGACCAUCUGAGGCAGCUUCAGCAGUUAUCCGAUGCGAACGCCAAGCUGAAGGACUCGGCAAACACCAGGGAGUUGUUCAUCAAGGACUUGGACAGCCAGUUAACAGUGGCCGAACGGGAAAUGGUCUCCAAGGAAGAAGUUCUGUCCGCACAAGCCGGUCAACUCAAGUAUCAAGCUGAGGCUCUUCAGCACAAGGCGGAUGCCAUCAAUAAGUUAACCAAAGAACUGACCGAAGUGAAGGCCAAGUUUGACCUCGCAGGCCGCCAGCUUUUGAUCAACGAUGCCAAGACCAAAGAGCUGGCCAAGCAGUUGAGCAUUCAAGGCGAGCAAAUCGGGGAUCAAAGGGAGUUGGUGGCCAAAGUGGACGCGUUGACGGAGAAGGAGAAGAAAUUGGAGAGCCGGUUGGCCAGUGCUCUAUCCAAAAUCGAAGUCCAGGAGGAUGUCCUCGAGCAGAAGGAUGGCCUCAUCAAGAGGCAAAAUGAAGGCAUAGCCACCAGCGAACAGAAAAUCAAUGGGCUAAGCCUUAGGAUCCAGUCAGUUUCGGAGGAACUGAGUCAGGUUACCGACGACCUGCUGAAGGCGAACGGAACGGACAGGUGUCCCAGUGGCGGUCGAGGCGGCAUCUACAAGGUUAGGCCCCGUGGACUCAAGCACUUUGCGGUCCCCUGCAACGCCAGCGGUUGGAUGACGAUCCAAAAGCGCUUCAACGGCUCCGUGGACUUCGCCCGGUCCUGGCAGGAGUACAAGAAUGGCUUUGGAAACAUCAACGGCGAGUUCUUCCUGGGGCUGGAGAAGAUCCACCAGAUGACAGCUGCUGUGCCGCACGAGCUGUACAUCAAGGUCGGCAUGUUCUUCGGCGCCUCCAGCUACGUUCACUACGACAACUUCAAAAUCGGCAGCGAGGCCGAGUCGUAUGCUCUUAAGUCGCUGGGAGCCUCCAAGGGACCCGCCGGAGACUCACUGUCCUACAAUUUGAACGACGCGUUCAGCACCUACGACCGCGACAACGACAAGGCCAGGGGCAACUGCGCUGUGGACCACGCUGGUGGUUGGUGGUACAAGGCUUGCUGCAUCAGCACGCUUAAUGGAAAGUACUACGGCGAUGGCAUCAGGAAGGACGGUCCCCAGGGAAUUCAGUGGGGUACUUGGCAGAACUACAACUACGCCGUGUCGCUCACUGCUUCGGAGAUGAUGAUAAGGCCCAAGGCCUAAACUAUUUUAUUAUCAUUUUUUUUUAGUAUAUAGCUGAUUAUAAUAUGAAAUAUGAAUACUUUUUAUAUUUACCCGCAUUUCCUCUAUACAAACACAUAUUAAAUACCAAUAAAAUUGAAGUCCACUUUUAUGGUACAGUUGAAGAGCUGCAAAGAAAAA